AUGCCCGAGAUGCUACUCGCCCGCGGAGAGCGUCGAGAUCGCCUCAUCGGCCGACCAAAUUGCCGACGGGCGCUCCGUGAGCAUGCCAUGGACAGCCGUAUCCGCUUCCAUAUCCGACUGACUCGCAAUCGCAGAUCCAGACAACAACAACAACACCAACAGUUCAGCGUGCAGCCAACAAUCGCGUUCGCCGUCUUCCUCGCAAGCCACGUGAUUGCCGCACUGUAUAGCCCUCUCCAGGACUGCGAUGAGGUCUUCAAUUACUGGGAGCCGACGCACUACCUCAACCACGGCCACGCCUUUCAGACUUGGGAAUACUCUCCGGAAUACGCCAUUCGAUCAUGGACUUAUGCGGGACUCCAUGCCCUGGUCACGCCGUUUGCCCGAUUCUUACCCUUGACCUUGGCCUCCAAGGUCGCCGAGUUCUAUUUCCUCCGUCUUGCACUCGGCUUCGUUUGCGCUCUGUGCGAGACCCGACUGUUCUCCAAGCUCACGGCGGUCUUGAAUCCCCGGAUCGCGCUGCUGUAUCUUCUGAUCACCGUGACUUCUCCCGGCUCCUAUCACGCUAGCGUUGCCUACCUUCCCAGUAGCUUCGCCAUGUACUUCGUCAUGCUGGGCUCGGCCGCUUUUAUGGAUUGGCGCGGUGGCCUCCGGACAGCUCAGGGAAUCUGGUGCUUUGGCAUUGGUGCGUGCAUUGGCUGGCCUUUCGCAGCAGCAAUGACGAUUCCAUUCUUGCUCGAGGAGCUUCUCAUGGCCUCCGUGAGCGACCUGCAAGCCUUGACGAACCUGUUCUGGCGCGUUGUCGAUGGUGUCGUUCGCACCGCGCUCGUGCUUGGCCUUCAGGUUGCCCUAGACUACUUCUUCUUCUACAAGAAGUUUUCCAUUGUACCGCUGAACAUCGUCCUGUACAACGUCUUCAGCACCAAGGGACCCGAUCUCUACGGCACCGAGCCAUGGCACUUUUACCUCCGAAACCUCUUCCUCAACUUUCACGUCUGGCUUCUGCUGGCACUGGCCUCUUUACCACUGCUUCUCGUCCAACACUUCCUGCGAGCCAAGGGAGCCACCCGAUCGAGCUAUCUGCGAGGCAUCAUCUUUCUCACGCCCUUCUACCUUUGGCUGACCAUCUUCACUCUUCAGCCACACAAGGAGGAGAGAUUCAUGUACCCGGCGUAUCCAAUGCUGGCAUUGAAUGCAGCUGUCGCCAUGCACAUUGUGCUGGCCAACUUGGGCUCUACCGACGCCAGAGACCUCGUCAGCAAAAUUCCAGUACAGCUGCGCUUGACCGCUAUUCUGGCAUUCGUCGUGCUUGCAAUGACGAUCUCUGCUUUUCGCACGAUCGGCACCAUCACCGCUUACGGAGCGCCACUCUCCAUCUACGCACCGCUGCAUCGGACCGGAGUUGCGAAGCCCGGCGACGCAGUGUGUCUGGGCAAAGAAUGGUACCGCUUUCCGUCGCACUACCUGCUUCCGGAGGGCGUGCGUGCGAAGUUCAUCAAGAGCGAGUUCAAGGGCCUACUACCUGGAGAGUUCUCAGAAGCCAAGCAAGGCUUUGGUCUGUAUCCAGGCACCUGGCUUGUGCCGCCGGGCAUGAACGACGAGAACCGAGAAGAUCCCAGCAAGUAUACUGACGUGAAGUAUUGCGAUUUCAUUGUCGAUUCGAAUCUACCGAGCACUGCAACAACGGAUCUUGAACCCAGCUUUAUCGCCGACGAGCAGCAUUGGGAGAAGGUCAAAUGCUUGCCGUACCUUGAUGCGUCUUCGACUGGAGCACUCGGUCGUCUGGGCUGGAUCCCGGAUCUGCCAUUUGUUCCACCUCGAUUCAAACGAGUGUGGGGCGAUUACUGUCUGCUGAAGCGUCGCACAAAGCAGACUGCGCAAGAGGCGAAGAAGCCGCUGCCGAACAUAGAGACAUUGUUGUAA